UAUAUGCUAUUGCUGUUCUUAACAUUUUUUCGCAUGCUACAUGUGCACCAUGGAAAGUGAAGGCCCUGAAUGGUACCUGGAACCUCAGGAGUAAUGAUGUGGUCCUUUAUAGAGUGUGGGCACUGUUACAGUGAGUCUGGGUUGUGUUGUGAUCUUGGCAGGACAAAUUAUUCGGGAAACGGGACUCAAGUUCAUGGACCUUGCAGCUGUCAUAUUGUUUCAUGCUAGGGUUCUGGUACUCUCGGGUGUAAAAAAAAGCGUUGCUUUAAUGAAUGCAACAUAGAUAUAGGCUUCUGUUAGUCAUAGCAUACAAUUGAUUUUGAACUGCAACCAGUAAACUGGUAAAUAUUCCGCCAAAUAUCUAUGCAGAGUAUAAGACGUGAUUUCUCUGUCUUAAAACUAUUUUAAAUAUUUCUGCCAUAUGAAGACAUGCUUCAUAAAAAUAUAAUAGUAAAUAGUUAAGUUAAUAGUGAAGGUAUGUCCUGUGUAAUUUGAGAUGGGGAAAGGUGCAUUUUAAUAACCUGUUACUUAUUUAGUUACCCCCCCUGGGCAAUCCAUAUGAACCGGUAUAACAGAAGGUCUGUAUAAUAAGUUGGCUGAAAUCUUGGCAAAGUGAGCCGUGGCGAGAUCUCUCGGUAUAUAAAAGUAUGAAACGUGGACGUUUGCACUGGUAAAACAAAGUGCUGUGAAGACUCUGUAGGCUAUUUUUUAAGCAAGUGCCCCUCAGAUGAAACAGUCAAAACAUAGAUAUUUUACUGUUUGAAAAACGGGUCUAUAUAACCGGCCUCGUGUGUAAUAUCGAAAAUGCACUUUUCCAUACGCAAAGUCGGGAUGAAACGUGAAACCUGGCCGGGUGGGGUGCGGUGGAGGGUAAAAGGCUGGGAUUCUCACCGGAGGAUUGUGGGCUGCGCCUCCCAAACAGCCCCGGUAAGGGACGUUUCGCAAUUUUUUUUUUCUCCGAAAGUUGAACUCCCUCACCCUGAUCUGAGAAGGAGAGCUUCAUACACUAACACGAGGGAGAGGAAACGAGGGCCACCCCGAGCUGGAUGGAUGGUUAUGGGGAAAGGAGCAAGACCUUCACUGCGGGCAGUCUCGCAGUUCGCCGUACUGCUCAUGUACAUCUGCCCUUCAGUGAGCCUGCAGUGUAAGAUCCUGAGGUGCAACUCGGAGUUCUGGGCCUCAGCCGCCAGCUCUGGGCCCGGGGAGUUCUGCGUGGCGCUGAGGGCGUAUGACGCAUGUGUGCGGCGCACGGCACGUGCCUGCCGCGGUGACCUGACUUACCACUCCGCGCAGCACGGCGUCGAGGACCUGAUGGGACAGCACAACUGCUCCCGAGAGGCAGCCCCGCCCCCUUCUCGUGCCCGCACCCCGGCCCCGCCCCCUCUGCCAUCCCCUGACAGCCAGGAACGCUCGGAUGGCCCAGAGGUGUGUCACUACGAGCGCAGCCUCCUGCUCCACGGGGCACCACCCAACUACACGCACUGUGGCUUCUUCGGGGACCCGCACCUACGCACCUUCAGCGAUGACUUCCACACCUGCAGGGUGGAGGGGGCGUGGCCUCUCAUCCACAACAAGUACCUCUCCGUCCAGGUGACCAACACACCUGUGCUGCCUGGGGCUGUUGCUACGGCCACCAGUAAGCUAACCAUCAUAUUCAAGAACUUCCAGGAAUGUGUAGAGCAGAAGAUGUACCACGCUGAAACGGACGAGCUUCCAGCAGCAUUUGCAGACGGCUCCAAGAACGGAGGUGACCAGCAUGGGGCCAGCGCUUUGGCCAUUCUGGAGAAAGUUCCGGGUCAACACGUGGAGAUCCAGGCCCGGUACAUCGGCACCACCAUUGUGGUCCGACAGGUAGGCCGCUACCUGACGUUCGCCGUGCGGAUGCCAAAGGAGGUGGUGAACUCCCUGGAGGAGAGGGACGAGCAGGAUCUGUACCUCUGCCGGGACGGCUGCCCGCUCAGCCAGCGCAUCGGCUUCGGUGCCUCUGCGGUCCCGGCUGACGAUGGCCACGCCCCCACCAGCAAAACGGGCUUCACCUACUCGUCAGCCACAGCCACGUGCAAGGAGCGCCUCCCUGUCGAAGAUCUCUACUUCCAGUCCUGCGUCUUCGACCUCCUCACUUCUGGAGACGUCAGUUUCACUAUGGCGGCUUAUUACGCUCUCGAGGACGCGAAAGCGCUCCAUUCGGACAAAAGCAAACAUCAUAUCUUUGAAGCCGUGUGGAAAGCAGGCAGCUCUGCACCGGCAACGCAUGCCUGCUAUUCACUUGUCGGCUCUGUCGGCCUCCUGUUGUUUGUCCUGUGGAUCCAGGGCUGACCCACGAACCCAUAGUCACUCACCUCCAUCGCCCUUCAUAUGGCCUCCAGUGGGCCGAACCUGCAGAAGAUCCCUCUUACUCUGCUGGUAUAGCGUCAUUCAGUCAUUUCUGGAGGCUUCAGGCACAGCCCUACCGACCAGCUCAUCAGACCAUCUAUCAGUGAAUUGUCAUUUCAGAGCCACACGUGACCUUCAGCCGAAGUUCUGGAGAACUUCAUCUACUAGUAGUCUGUGUCGCAUUACCAUUUUUUCCUACAGAACCACCGCCCUGGUGUGGGUCUCCAGAGGAAUGAGGAGAUGCCGCAGACAUGUCCUGCGAUGUCAUCCCAUUCAGAGAAGGAAAGCACCUAUAUGUCUGUAGACAGCAUGUUUCUAGCAAGCAGCUGGGAUCAGGGAAACCCUGCAGAAAAACUCCGGGUUUCAAAAAUUCAGCUUUUCUGAGUCAUUAAUAUUUUGUGUGUGCUGUGACUCAAUAAUGUUGUUACAAUUAUUAUUUAUUAAAUGGGACAGUGAAUUCUCUGUUCACAUUACAGAAAGAAGCAGGGUAUACAAGUAUGUAAUAUGACAAGUCAGAAGUGGUUUAAUGUGCAGGACUAUUUAUAUCUAAUUACUAUGAGUGAUGAACAACAGUAUCGUUUUAGACCCAGAUGUCCUGUGUCUAAAAUAAGAAGUGUAUUUAAUUCCUAGAUGAAAAUGUUUCUUUGCUAAUGUCUUCUGAGUGUAACUACACCCACAAGCUCUCUGCUCUGAUACUGUAUUACCUUCAACGUCUGUCUCACUUGUGGCGACAGACACAUGUCUGUCUCACUGUAGAUGAAUGUUUUAAAAAUCUGGGGAUGUGGCUGUUCAGAGACGUGGUUCAGUCCCCUUGCUCAGUGCUAGAUUGAGGCUGCUCUCUGCCCCUGAGCUGAAGAUACUAGUACGGCCAGAUUGUUAAAUGUGAAGAGCAGAACGGGACUGUGAAUCUGCGGAUCCGCCCGUGCUGUUGGACUCGCUGGGGAUCGUGUGUCUCUCUCUGGACCACUGGAUUACUGGGGUAAAAGCUUCUCAAGAGAAGAUCUGUUUCCAGAUAACUAAGCCAGGGCUUGAGGGAGGUGGACUGUUGGCUUUGGGUUUGGCCUAAAUGGACAUUCUGAUGCUGCAGGUAACCUAAAGGGACCAUGAAUUGUGAGAGAUGGAAGUUCUCUGAUUUUAAUGGUGGUAGUUAAUUUCACACUCUGGAGAGCUGCCCCUUCGACACAUUAUUCCUAAUUUCUUGAAGACCAUUCUGUGCCAUGGGAAUGGAGGAGGAGACGUGCAGAGGUGCAGAUAAGGUGUUAAAAGGUGUGGACUCUUGUUUAUGUGUCAUGAUGUCAGUCUUCUCCAUGACUGGAGACACACAAGGCUGAUUUCAGCAGCUUUUACUAAGAGAAAUGCACUGAAGGUCAUUUGAGCUGCGUUGCUGAUCCUGGACUUUAUUUUUUUUCCUGGCCAAUAUCUCUCUUCCCAUCAAAGCUGCCCAAGCGGAUUCCUGGAGAACAAGAAGCACUUGUACGCGAGAACCACUUUACAUAACUUACAGCAACUCAAAAAAAAAAAAAGGAAAGAAAAAAAAAAAGAGUCGGACGGCGUCUCGUCAAUUGAUGAGGAGCGCGGCGAGAGCACGGAGCAGGCCUGCUGGCCAAGGUUAGGGAAAGUUAGUCCAACACGACUAACCGUGAACCUGCUUUGCUGCGAUAAUGCACUGUCCGCAAAUAUCCUUAUAAAAUGUGCGGUUGUACAAAAGGCCAAGAACAAUGAAUUAUUGUCAGGCUGUUCUUUUUGGGGUUUUGUAUGAGGGGUGAGCAGGUAAGUAUUAUUUUUUAUUUAAGUACGAUUUGCGAAAAUAUGAAUGUUGCAGACCUGCAUGGUGCCAGAAAGACCGUUCCAAGAUUCUGGGUAGUGCACUAUAAUAGUGAUGUGCUCCUGUCAGCCGUGCUUUGGCUGACUGUGGCGUGAGGGUCAGGAGAUCGUAACAACCUCCCUGCCUGGGACUGGAAGGACAGAUGAGGCCACAUGCAGACGUUUGUCUCUCACCGAACAGUGAACACAGAAUGGAAAACCCGUGCGCUGCGAGUCGCUCUUAAACUACAAACGCACUUUAUGUUUCGCUAGGAAAAGAGGAUUAAGAAGAACCAGAUCAGAAGAUGUUUGGAUUGUAACACCAGAUAAUACUGUACAUUAUUUAUUGUGAAACUGUAUUUUAUGCUGACAGUAUGUGACAUAGUAUGAUAUGCCAGUUGUCUUGAAAUCUUAAACCCUCCAGCUAUGUUGUUGCAUAUCAAAUAUUAAAGAGUGAUCAGUAAAGAGAGUGAAUUUUAUACUGUAAGCUGUGAAAAUUCAGUAUUGAUUUAAAAGGUCAACUGGUCGGUGUUCUUUAGCUGUUUAUAGGGAAAAAACGUUGAUUGCCAUAUAACAUAGUUUGCACACACUGGACUCAUUUAUGUUUGUGGAUUUUUCCUGUAAGCUGUUGUAUUUCAGCAUUGAGUGUCCAUUCAUGUAAUCACACGUGGGAACUUUGACAUGUAUAUGAAAUUUGUAGAUUAAAAAAUGUCUCAGACACAAAGCUGAUACUGUUUAGGUAAUCAGUGUCAUCUGAAGUUGUAAUGGCUGUUUAAUACUUUAAAUGUUUAACAUAAAAAAGCAAUUUUUUGGGGGGGAAAAUAACCAUUUGUGAUAGGAAUAUAUAAUCACUCUGUACAGUCUGGUUUUGUUUUUACGUCUUAUUGUGGAAAGAUUUAACUAGAAGGAGUAAAGAUUGUCACACAGUUGUGAAA